CUCUCGCUGCCAAGUAGUACCCGCGCAACAAAAGAGCUAGCUUGAUCGCAGCGCGCAGCACCAUGGCCUGCCAAUUACAGCAAACAAUGGCCACGACAACUACAUUCUCCCGGACGUCGUCACCGUCAACGGUGCGUUGCUCGGCUGCAGCUCGGCGGUCCGCCAACUACGCUCCCAACUCCUGGAAUUACGACUCCCUCCUCCAGCUCUCACCCAACAAUGGCGGACAAGCAGAUCAAGUCGAUAAAUUGAAGGCCGGCGUGAGGGAGCGGCUGGUAGCGGCGAGCGGAGGCGGCCACCAAGCUGCGAAGCUCGGGCUAGUCGACACGGUGCAACGGCUCGGCAUCGCCUACCAUUUUGAGGAGGAGAUCGACGGAAUCCUCAGCUCCGUCUACCGCGAGCCUCACCGGUGCAGCUGGGAUGAUGGUGACGUUGCUUCCGCGGCCUUGAGGUUCAGGUUACUCAGGGACAGUGGAUUCCCAGUCUUCUUCCCUCCAGAAUCUCUAGAAGAUCUCAAGCACCGAUCAGAUGAUGUCAAGGGGCUCCUCUCACUCUACGAGGCUUCAUACCUUGCGUUCGGAGGCGAGGAAACAUUGGACAAGGCUAGAGAAUUUUCUAGAAAAGCUCUCAGAGAGCACCUGUCAUCCAUGGAUCACCACUUACGCCGCAGUGUGGUUCAUGCUUUGGACCUUCCGUUGCACUGGAGGUCUCCUAGACUAGAAGCAAGAUGGUUCAUAGAUCACUACUCUAGAGAUGAGAACAAUUCCGACCCGUUGCUCCUUGGAUUUGCAAAGGUGGACUUCAACAAUGUGCAAAGUGUGCAUCAGGAAGAACUCGCAAGAUUGGCAAGGUGGUGGAAGGGGACCGCCCUCAGUGAAAAAUUGGGGUUCGCGCGGGAUCGCCUCAUGGAGUGCUUCCAUUGUGCAAAUGGAGUUGUGUGGGGACCAAAUGAUGGAGCAUGUCGGGAAGUGCUUGCUAAAGUUGCUAAUCUAAUAAUUCUCUUAGAUGAUGUUUAUGAUGUGUAUGGAACUCUGGAUGAACUCGUCCUUUUCACCGACGCCAUUGGGAGAUGGGAAGAAAGGCCUAGUGAAAUGCUCCCGGAAUACAUGCAAGCACUCUAUUCCGUCAUGUACAACACAUCCGCCGAGGUGGCUGAAAACGUGUUGAAACAAGAUGGUUGCGAUGCUCGUUAUUUUCUUCAGAAAGCGUGGCGAGACAUGGCGGAGUCAUUCCUGAUGGAGGCAAAAUGGCACCAUGGAAACCACACACCAACACUACAUGAGUAUCUAGAGAAUGGAUCAAUUUCAGCAUCUGCCCCAUUGCUACUGCAACAUGCGUUUCCCCUGCUCCGCCUAGAAGAAAAGCUCACCUCAAUGUCUCUUGUUAAAGUUGGAAGCUACCCAAAAUUAGUUCAGUCUGCAUCGUUAGUUCUUCGUCUCUGCAACGACUCUGCAACCCACUCUGCUGAGCUGGAGCGAGGGGAUGCACCGUCAUCAAUAGCUAUUCACAUGUCAGAGAACAGCUCCAGUGAGCAAGAGUCCCGCGAAGCCAUGGAAGAUCUUACCAUGGCAACUUGGAAGUCGAUUAACGAAGAUGCAUUUAAACAUUGCCAAUUUUCUACAUCUUUUGCCAAGACUUGCGUGAAUUUGGCUCGAACCUCACAUUGUGUUUACCAAGGUGGGGAUGGUUUUGGUGCACCGGAUGGUCAGAAGAGAAGGCAAAUCAGAGAGUUGUACUUGGACCCUUUCAUGAGUGAGAAACAUUGAGCCCUAAAGAAAUUAGACACAUCUCUUACAAAUC